AUGGUUUUCGCAGAAGGAUAUACGAUGGUGAUGAAAUUCACGCUGGACGGUCUGGGUUGGACUUACGUCGGAAUUGCCACUUUCUGGACGAUCGUUCUGCUAACGGGUAUCGCCUUCCUCGUCCCGAAACGAAAUCUACCCUUCUUGCGGAUACGGAAUGUGCCUCUUGCAGUCAGCGCUGUGGCAACUCUACACGUCUACUGGGUCCUUUGCAUGCUUGCUUACGUCCUGCAAGGCUUCUUUCCAUGCGGCACUGAGUACUGGAUUAUGAGCAUCUACCUACCACUGGGCAUAGCACUCUUUCAAGCUUGCAAUACCCAGUUACUCUACAUAGCCAACCUGCAACAACGCUAUGUGAGCGACUACCAAGCAGAGAAGAAGGAACCAAACACGAAAAAUCCACGAGGUUGGCGUCGCUAUCUAGCUCAUCACUACGUUGAAAAUCGUGUGAAGAGGACAAUGAUAUACAUUGGUUAUGGGAUGUGCAUUCAGCUGGUUGUUGCUCUCACGUUCUUUCUCGUGUCGCGCAAGUUUCACUCAUCUUACGGGCUGAUCGGGAACGGUGGUGAACAAUGCGAAGACUUGGUGAGCACUGACGAAAUAAACAUUGUCGCCAAUCAAUUGAAACAAGAUCCAUGCGAGGCUGCAAAAAAGAUCAGUUGUCGACGUGGUUGGAAGUGGUGGGAAAAACACAACGUUCUUAUUGAGUGCCUGACUUACGAUUUCAGGAUGCCCUCAAUCAUAUGGCAGUUCUUUUGGUCAUGGUGUUAUGCUCCAUAUCUUCUCUGGCAAGUUCGGGACAUACACGAUGUUCAUGGCUGGCGCAAGCAGACCACAUAUUGUUGUUUGGCUGGUCUGUUUGCUACACCGAUGUGGCUGUGUGCGCUUUACAUCCCUGACAUGCUGGUUGUGAACAAGUACUUUGUGCCUCCACUCUGGUUCGCUCCCUCGAUCUUCCUCAUAGAAGCUUUCUUGGUUUUCGUCCCUUGCUGGCAGGUCGUCAAGAAUCAUCGCUUGCAAACAGAAACAUUAGACAUUAUCGCCGAAUGGGAAAGCAAGCAUAAUGGCAACUCGAUCGGACAGGAAACAAUGCAAAGCAACUCAAGAAUCUCUAAACAGCUCACAUCGACCAGCUCUGCCGGCAGUAAACGGGGUGAUAUGUACACAAUGACUGCCAUGGAAAGCGCUCUUCGCACAAAUCCACAACGUCUACUGGUUUUCGCUGCCCUCAAGGACUUCUCAGGCGAGAAUAUCAGCUUUCUGAUCCAAAUACUGGACUGGAAACGCAGCUGGUCUCCUUCCUCCCCUACUCGGUCCGGCUUCCUUCGUCGGCCAAGCGUUCAUGAAAUCAACAACAAGGACAUUCGACGCCAACAAUUCAAGCGGGCGGUAGACAUCUACGCUUCCUACGUAUCACUGAAGUACUCGGACUAUCCAGUCAAUUUAUCACAUGCUCACCUCAAAGAGUUGGAAGUCAUCUUCGAAGGUGCUGCAAUGAUUCUAUACGGCCACAAAUUGGACGAUUCUGACACGAACAGCGCAGCUACACCCUUCGACAACUUCACCUCCAAGCUCUGGCUAAGCCACAACUCGAAUUCCUCCCGUGAAGACAUUGAAGCGUCUCCUAGCAAGCACGAUGGAAUCUCUGUCAUGUCGCAUAAAACGCAUCACACCAACGGCACGAAUCUCAGUACCGAUGUCAUAUUACAAACGACUGAGUACGACCUGAAUAAAAGACAUACCGUCUUGCAAGCCUACGAAAUGACCAAUACUGCCCCUGAGCAACUACCCGACUUUGUACCUAUUCCUGACGGCUUUGGGCCCGAUGUCUUCGAUCGAGCCGAAGAUAGUAUAAAGUACAUGGUGUUAACAAAUACCUGGCCAAAGUUUGUAAAUGCUGGCUACGCCUCCACAGCUAUGAACAAGAGGAAGUCCUUCUUUCAAAGAGUGCUAGGCCAGUACGGCAGGAGCAACAACCAUGAAGGACUGAGAGACGGAUGA